AUGGAUGUGUCACUCGGUGAAGAACCUAAUGCCCUCGAGCUCCCUGAACCCAUGUUGACUUCACUAGAAUGCGCCGUCAGUCCUAUUCACCACCUCCUCCUUUCUUACCCAGUACCAGAGCUUGUUGUUCCAACGCGUAUUGCCUCUCUUCCACCACCCAACGGCGAACAUCGUCAGGACGGCAUGCGUAAUAAUAGAAAAUAUUCAGAAAUAGAACCUCAGACACGCUCUGCAUUUUCUGGAGAGGCAGCGAACCCAGGACGAAGCGAUAACAAGGAAGAUCUGUGGGACCAGAAAGAAGUGCAAAUGUUAGCGCAGAAUAUGCAGACAUCUAUUACGGAUCUCUUACGUAGUGGACAAUGUACUCAAUUCCUGCAAGAAGAAUUCCACAGCGAGUCUUGCGCUGCCGCGUCCAGCACAUCUAUGGCGACUACCGCUGCUACACCGAAACAGGGUGAUAAAUCUACAGAUUGCCUCCCCACCGCCGCUGCCGUGUCGUAUUUGGACAAACAGACUACUGAAUCGUUAAUGACUCAGCUUAGUUCGGAAGCGCGGAGAACCACUACCAUUUCCCGUCCCAGUAGUAUAAAGGAUACACAAAGCAGUAGUUGGACUUCGAGCUCCCGCAUGACUCUUCGCCCGCGCAAAACCUCAUUGCCCUCUGAACAGCAGCAUGAACAGACGUCUCCUGAGCCAAAAAAGCCCGAUCAAAUCUUUAAGAAGGAGGAUUCACCGCCACCAGAACAGGAUGCUUCUCCUAUACUUGAGACGGAGAUUGCAAGUAAAGGCAUCUUAGCCGAUAUGUUAGCGAGUGUCAAUACCCUUUCUAAGGACGUUUCGGGGUUUCUGUCCUUUGCGUAUGCACCGACGUUGGCACUCGACUCCUUCAAAGAAGUUCCUGCGGAGGAAUUGUCCGGUUUAGUUUCUGCUCUAGUAACUGAUAGUCAAACUGAGGAUUUAAGGGGUAUGAAGGAAAAAGAAGACCCAUCGUCGUGCCAAAGGGAUUGGCUAAGAACAGCACGUGCUUUGUGUUGCAUUACACUUGUGUCUUGCCCUGCGUUUGACGUGAGGCUGAUACCAGACGGCACAGUUGACCAGCUCAUUACCAUCUUUGCUGGCGUCGUUAGGUACGUGACCGCUGAACUAUCCUGCCCUGCAUAUGAAAAUAAGGUAACACGGGGUCGAGGAACAAAAGGCAGUACAGCGACGGGGAUCCUACGUUCAAUCAGCCAAGACAUGCCGAAUGAGCUGAAUACCUCCAGUAGGCAGCACUUUGCACCUCCUAAAACAAUGCUGAAGUGGAUCGAAGCACUUCGUCUCUUUUUGCAACGGUUUGCUCCGGUUGUUUGCAACCGCACAUUGGACCUAGUUCUUGACACCAAUCUUGUUCGGCUUGAGGAUUUUGUAUAUCAUUUGCUUUUUGUGGCCCCACAUCGAUCCGUAACGAGGGACGCAUACCUCUGGUAUACUAGCUACAUAGGUGACUGUGCUUUGCACACGUACCGUUGCUUGUGGAAUCGACUUGAGACUCAGCGCGCCACCACAGCCAGACGCUUUUUUUCACGACUGCCGCUCUCCAACUAUCUCACAUUUCGAACCCUGACAUGUGCCAAUGGAAAGAAGCUGUUGCCGUUAACUGUGGCAGUGCUCAGUGCUGCACAGUCGGUGCCUAUCGAUACCGAUACAACAGAUUCUGGCCUCGCAAUGUGUCUCAAGAGCCAAUGCGAUUUGUGGGUUGAAUGCUUACUACGUCAACUGAUUUUUGAGCACGAAAAGGAUGAGAAACCACUUCAAACCAUCACAUGGAAUAUACUGACCUUGUUUUUGGAGGAUUUGGUGGAACUCAUUGGAGCACCGGAGUGGCCAGCAGCCGAUAUGCUUCUUCGCUCAUGCGUGCUUUCCCUCAUAAAAGUAUUCUUUGAAAACAAUGUUCGCCGCCAAAGUAGUAAAACCGCUAAGGCUGCUUCUAUGCGCACCACGCAUGCUACUGCCGCCGUUGAUGUCAUCGCAGAGGUGACGCUUAAACUAUUUCAUCCAUCGAUAUCCGGUUUGACACUCAUGUCCUCCCUGCCCCAGUCUCAGCGCCUCCAAGAAGAGGAGUCCCUCAACGUAAUGAUGAACGAAGCCCUUUUGCAAUAUUGGGCCGACGCGACGCGAGAAAGUGUAACGGAAGGCAAGCCUGUUCAAAAACGUGGCAAUUCAGGUCUGUCGCGGCACAAACAUAGGUCCGUAAAUAGUUCGGACCGUAAGGUCGACGGGUUAGAUGCAGAUGAAUCUGGUGCAGCCGCCACCGGUAACCUAAAUCGUGAGCAUGUCCUGCGCACGGAUGAAAGUCGCGUCCUAUCCCUCACAGAUCAAGCGCGGAGGUUAAUUUACUACGCACUUUCCCAUUAUGCUGAAACAACUUCGGCGGCGGAUGAGGCCUCGCUCUGGUUUCACGCACGGGCCGCGCACGUGUUGGGUUGGCACCUAAACAACCCUACGUCUUUACCAGCAAGCGCUCUCGAUCGGCUGGUUCGGGCCAAGGCAGUGCCGUCCGCCGGUGUGCGCGUCGAUUUGUCAGAACUUCAUCAUUGGGGGCGUAUGCUGUGCGCGCAAGAAGAUGAAUCGAUGCUUAGCGCAAAAUCACGCCUAAUGCUUGUGUCUGUCCUACUGAAUCUUCUAUACAUCAAAGAUGAUCACGGGCAGGAAACGCUGAUAGUAUCAGACACAGUGGCCAAGAGAAGUUUACACCAUCUUUCGCGCAUCGCAGAGAUGUGUCCGUCGGUGUGUCGGUUAAUGUGGCCGAUUACACGACGAUGUGUUCGCGAGAGCUCCACAAUCGUACGAGAAUUGAGUGUACCACUAUUACUGGGAUUGCUAAGGAGUGUAACAAGUCCUUCUGGUGGAGUAAGCGCCCUGCCAAUGGAAGAAGCUAAUCUUGCCGCUGACGUCAUCAGUUCGCUGCUUCAUCUAUUAGAAGACAGCAGUGUAACGGUGGUGUCGCGCACCAUAGCCGCCCUUGGCACCGUGAUAACGAAUCGCCUGUACGUUAGUCUACUGGAAUCGGCCCAGGGCAAGGAGUUCUUAGGCUUCAUCCAGUAUAAGCUCCUCUUAAAAGCGAAGGAUGUGAAGCAUAGUGCCGAGGUUACUAAACUUUUUUUCAAGCGUUGGGUGCUCGGGUCCUUGGAGACUGAAGACGAAAUUGCUUUCACAGCGAUGAGUAUGAUGCCCCACAUCCGCCUUACUGCUGAGCUUCUUGAUCUUGUUCGGCAAAGUUCUCAUGAGUAUCCGUACGAGGUACAAGACGAUAAUCCGCUGAUUAAUCUACUGUCUGGUUUCAGGCAAUUAGAAACUACAGCACCACGUCUAGAGCCGGCCGAGCUUACCCAAAUCACACAACAGCAGCAGAAGAGUGGGGAAGUGGAUGUACAGCACAUCAUGUGCAAUGUGGCGCGGAGCCUAUGGAACCAACAACAAUCUGCAGACACAGCCGAAGAAAGUGUUCUCUGUAUGGCAGCCCUUCGUGUGCUUGCCGUUGUGGCGAACGAGUGGGUGGAGCCGUUGAUGGACGCUAUUUUGUCUGGGUUGGAAUAUCCAUUCACUGCCACGCCUCCUUCCUCCCAGGACCAGCAAUCUAAGAGGGGAAAGGAAUGGCUCGGUGGUGUACUUCUGCAGACUUGCCAGAUUACCAAGGCGGUGCUCUCGUCUUCCAAGGUCCCGACGAUAUCCCUCGAGCACCUUGCACGCGCCUUGACGAAACUAUUGUCCAAGUACACUGGUCCGUAUCAGCAACGCAUCAUCACGUCAUCCUGCGGGGCGCUUGCCUCGAUGAUCACAUGUGGUGCUAAACAUAAGCUCUCUUCUCACAUCAACCAAACCUACUUACGAAUCUGCUAUUCGCUUAUGAAUUUGUACUACAUGCGCGUAAAAGGUUUGCUACCGGAACUGGCAAAUCAACCCCAAAACAUCGCCUACACACAGCGCUUUCUGUUUCUCCUUUCGGAGUUGUUACGGUCAUACCCUGGAUGGCGCACACCUCACCCCGUGCUGUACCAAGAUGCAGCGACGUCAUCCGGCGCCGACGCCGUUCCUAACAUGUUGAUCAAGGGUGGUGGUAUCUGUGAGAACAUCUACGAGCUGGUCGUGGCGGUCCGGACCCAAUGCGGAGAGGACGCGCGUCCGCGGCUAAACGUGAUUACACUUCGUGUGCUUGCAGCAUUGUGUAUGUUGCAGCCGGUUGACUUUUUACACCGCUGCGAAGCAUACGUUAUGGAGGCGCUUGCCGAUCUAAACGACGUCGCUCACCAAACUCAAGGUUUCACUUUUAUAGUAGAUUUCUUGGCGGAUGAAGACGCCAGGGUUGAGUGCGCUGCACGUAUGGCAGCGAAAAUGAGUUCAGGUGGUUCCGUAUUAUCGGACCGAGAGUCGGACAAAAGUGAUGAGGAGGGUGGUGUUCACGUAAAAUCACGAAGCCGCCCGCCUCCCAGAGGUAUUAAAAGGACUCGUUCUGCUAUGGCGACAGCACAUGACGCUCUUAGCCUACCAGAACAGAGCAGCGGCAUGGCGACGUGGGUCAUGCAGCGAUUUCACACACACGUCAUUGAACGGUGUAAAAGCCAGCACGUGUCAAUUCGUAAGUUGUGUCUGGAUAUCCUGGAGCUGACCGCGCGAGGUGGGCUUUUACCACCAGUUAAGUACCUUCAUGCAGUGGUUGCACUCGCUGCUGAUGUCAACCUCAGCCUACGGCAGCGCUCAGGGCAGUUCUUAUUGACACACCGCGAUCAACACGAAAACAUCAUCACCUCCAUCGCGAGUCGUGGAAUAGAGUUAGCAUACGAUAUUCAACACUUGUGUGGGGCCAACCUCAUCCAUAAUGCGACCACUUCUAGCAGCGAUGCCACUGUGGUGCAAAGCAUUCACGCUCCACUAUUCACACUGCUGCGCAAACCUUCUCGUGAUGGGCUCAUCGCGUCCCUGCUGAGGUACUUUUACGAUGAAUCCAAAGCAGAGGCGUGGGUUAGCGAGCACGAUAAUAAAGCAUGGGGGGGCCCCAUAGAGGAUGUGUUUCGUGCUUCGAACCCGGUCACCUUCCUGGGGCACCUGGCGGUGGUCAUUGCUACACGCCCGUUUAGCUCCGAGGGCGAUAUCGUGUAUCUUGUACAGCGCUGCCGCACUGGUAUUGACCUGCAUGGCGAAAGUGCGCUAGAUCAGAUAUCAUCCUUGCUCAAAAAAUACCGAGAGAUGGGAAAUGGAAGUAUACAAGGGGGAGACAUUGAGCAACCUCUCAUGAAUAUCGUAUCUCUCUGGAAAUGUGUGGGAGUGGUGCUACUUAUGUACAUUCACCGCGCUGUGCGAACAGAAUACCGGCAGAGGUCAUUCAAGCUGAACAAUUCUACACAGCAGGGGAACCUCGCACACACCCCUUUACAUCAACACGAUAGGAAAAACAAUACAACCUCAGCCUUUCUUCCUAGCGUGGAGACAUUGGUACACCAUGCCUGUACUCUCCUCCAUGUGUGUGGCGAGUCUGACGAUGUCCAGAGGUACAACGAGGAUGCAAGUAAUGGAAAGGAAGAAGGGAAAAGUGAAAGCGUGCUAUUGAUUUCUUCAUCUAAAGAAACAGAAGAGGCCCUAGCGUUUCUUCGUCAAGAACUCGAAAGCGGUUUACUUGAGGAGGGCAUCGGUGGCGUCGAACGUGGGUGCGGUACCACAAAGUCAGCAGGUGCGAGCCAGCGGUGUCUGAAGAAACGGAUGGGUACGGCAACAGGCAUGCUCAGGCGGCGCGUGUCGAGACGGAAGGAAAGUUUGAGUACACAAAGCGAUUCCCACGAUAGUAGCCACUCAACUUGCUCAUCCUCAUCCGUCUCGGAAGGGGAUGGUGAUAUCGCUGAAGAGGAUACGGAAACUGCUUCUUCUUCAGUGAGUGCAUCAACAGCAACUGAGUGUGAUACAUAG